AUGACGACUUCGCUGCUCCUGCAUCCGCGCUGGCCGGAGAGCCUUAUGUACGUCUAUGAGGACAGCGCGGCGGAGAGCGGCAGCGGCGGCGGCGGCGGCGGCGGCGGCGCGGGCAGCGCAGGGGGUGGCUGCAGCGGAGCGAGCCCGGGGAAAGCCCCCAGCAUGGACGGGCUGGGCAGCAGCUGCCCGGCCAGUCACUGCCGCGACCUGCUUCCACACCCCGUGCUGGGCCGCCCGCCCGCUCCCCUGGGCGCCCCUCAGGGCGCCGUCUACACGGACAUCCCGGCCCCGGAGGCAGCUCGCCAGUGCGCCCCGCCACCGGCGCCCCCCACCUCGUCCAGCGCCACCCUGGGUUACGGCUACCCGUUCGGUGGCAGCUACUACGGCUGCCGCCUGUCGCACAACGUGAACCUGCAGCAAAAGCCUUGCGCCUACCACCCGGGCGACAAGUACCCGGAGCCGUCGGGCGCCCUGCCCGGUGAUGACCUGUCCUCCAGAGCCAAGGAAUUCGCCUUCUAUCCCAGCUUCGCCAGCUCCUACCAGGCGAUGCCGGGCUACCUGGACGUGUCGGUGGUGCCUGGGAUCAGCGGGCACCCGGAGCCGCGUCACGACGCGCUCAUCCCCGUCGAAGGCUACCAGCACUGGGCUCUCUCCAACGGCUGGGACAGUCAGGUGUACUGCUCCAAGGAGCAGUCGCAGUCCGCCCACCUCUGGAAGUCUCCCUUUCCAGAUGUGGUUCCCCUGCAGCCGGAGGUGAGCAGCUACCGGCGCGGGCGCAAGAAGCGUGUCCCUUACACCAAGGUGCAGCUGAAGGAGCUGGAGAAGGAGUAUGCAGCCAGCAAGUUCAUCACCAAAGAGAAGCGCCGGCGCAUCUCGGCCACCACAAACCUUUCCGAGCGCCAAGUCACCAUUUGGUUCCAGAACCGGCGGGUCAAAGAGAAGAAGGUGGUCAGCAAAUCGAAAGCACCUCAUCUCCAUUCCACCUGA